AGUCUCUGAGCCCUUCCCCUCCUUUACACUAAAAAGCGUCGACAUCGAGCUCAAUGUACUCGACGACCUCGAAGACAGUGCGCGCCGUCGCCACACCGAAGGCCACGGCCUCCAUUACCUUCUCUCGCGCACGCUCGACCGCCGUACCGAGCGCACACUUUCUCGAAGCCCGGUCGAGAGUAAAAGAGCAUGCUCGGAAUCUCUCGCGCACGUCGACACAAAAUGCUCAGGUCGCACCCACUGUCCGCCCCACACCGGCACCCGCAUUUCAGCAGGUCCCCUCGCGGAAUAAUGUUCCCCACCCACCUCUCGGUCUUGGUCCUGAACAGGCCCUCGACCAUACCUUCGUCGGCAUGUCCGGUGGUCAAAUUUUUCACGAGAUGAUGCUCCGGCACGACGUCAAGCACGUAUUUGGCUACCCCGGAGGAGCCAUUCUCCCCGUGUUCGACGCUAUCUACAACUCACCACACUUUGACUUCGUCCUUCCAAGACAUGAGCAAGGUGCAGGUCAUAUGGCAGAAGGCUAUGCUCGCGUAUCCGGCAAGCCAGGCGUCAUUCUCGUCACUUCCGGUCCUGGCGCCACGAACGUCGUGACUCCUAUGCAGGACGCCCUCUCGGACGGCGUUCCUUUGGUCGUAUUCUGUGGUCAGGUCGCUACCUCUGCCAUCGGCUCCGACGCCUUUCAGGAGGCCGACAUCGUCGGUAUCUCUCGCAGCUGCACCAAGUGGAACGUCAUGGUCAAGGACAUCGCGGAACUCCCAAGACGUAUCAAUGAGGCUUUCAAGAUUGCCACAUCCGGUCGUCCCGGCCCCGUCCUCGUCGAUCUGCCAAAGGACGUCACCGCGGGUAUCCUCCGCUCCGCUCUUCCUUACAGGGUGACCACUCCUGGUGCUCCGGCUCUGCCUUCAAAUCCCCUGCAGAACGCCCUCCCACCGGCAGACAUCGACUUCAUCCGUCAGGCCGCUAACCUCAUCAACCAGGCUCAGCGUCCGAUCGUAUACGCCGGCAACGGUAUCUUGCAGUCACCUCUGGGUCCCAAAUUCCUCGCACAGCUCGCGAAGGAUGGUAACAUCCCCGUGACGACUACCCUCCAGGGUUUGGGCGCGUUUGACGAGACCGACGAUAAGUCACUGCACAUGCUUGGUAUGCACGGCAGUGCGUAUGCCAACCUCGCGAUGCAACAGGCCGACGUUAUCAUUGCUCUCGGCUCUCGUUUCGAUGACCGCGUCACGGGCAAGGUCGACACCUUCGCACCAGCUGCCCGCGCUGCUGCCGCCCAAGGCCGCGGUGGUAUCAUCCACUUCGAGAUCAUGCCGAAGAACAUCAACAAGGUCGUCAACGCUUCCAUCCCCAUUCUUGGCGACGUCACCGCCAAUCUCGCUGCUAUGCUUCCCAUGAUCAAGUACUCCGAGCGCAAGGACUGGUUUGCCGAUAUCAAGAACUGGAAGGAGACUUAUCCGUUCACGUACAUCAAGUCGAAGGCGGGAGAGAAGAUGAAGCCGCAGGAGGUGAUCGAGGAGUUGGACGCGCAGACGAGACAUAAGAAGAACGAGGUGAUCAUCGCGACAGGUGUCGGCCAGCACCAGAUGUGGGCUGCUCAGCACUAUCGGUGGACGGAGCCCAGGUCAAUGGUCACGUCGGGUGGUUUGGGAACCAUGGGCUUCGGUCUUCCGUCGGCUGUGGGCGCUAAGGUGGCAGCACCGAACAAGAUCGUGGUUGACAUUGAUGGUGAUGCCUCGUUCAGCAUGACUGCGAUGGAGCUCGCCACCGCGUCGCAAUACAACAUCGGUGUCAAGGUCAUGGUUCUCAACAACGAGUUCCAAGGCAUGGUCCUGCAGUGGCAAGACCUGUUCUACGAAAAGCGCUACUCGCAUACGCGCAUGACGAACCCCGACUUCGUCAAGCUCGCCGAGGCGAUGGGCGUCCACGCUAUCCGCGUGCACGACGCGAGCGAACUGCCCGCGAAGAUGAAGGAGUUCUUGGAGUACGACAACAACAAGCCGAUAUUGAUGGAGUGCAUGGUGGAGACGAACGAGCAUGUGUAUCCUAUGGUUCCUGCGGGUAAAGCUCUGCACGAACAAGUGCUGCACCCAUCAUUCUCAAAAAAGACGAAGGCAUGAUCGAUGACGACCUUCGUUGAUCGUGUUUUUCUUUCUUCGUUUUCGUGUAUCUUUUCUUGGAGCUUUAUCACUUAUUACCUUCGCAUGACCGUUUGAUACUCAUUUCCUUUGCUCGUUCGUCAUGUAAUCUAUUCCACCAAUCUUCUCCGCAUCUUUCGCAUCCGUCACGUCCUCUAUCAACAUUGACACCGUCUUUCUAUGCUUGCUGGGACUGCCCGUUUACGCUUCUUCACUCACGAGGUCAUGACACGAGCAACUUCUACGUACUCACCAUCCUCAUCAUCAUUUUUGUCUUCUCUUGACUUAUUUCCGGGGGUCUGUCGUGCUUCGCUUCCCUGUGCUUUUCCUGUCCCUCGCCUUCUCAUCGGGGAAAAAAUCUUUGUAUCAUGUAGGUAGUUAGUCGAUCGUUUACUGUGAGGGGGUUCUAGAGGAGCCGAGGUCGUGUACGAACAAACGUCUAGCGACGAAUUACUUCAAAAGCAUUGAUAGUAGCUGAUAAUACAGGUGUUC